AAUUAUCUGACGGUACUGCAACUUUCUCAGGAUGAUGCUACGAGGAUCUCAUACUCGGCGGAUCGAAGGUGUUUUCUUUCAUGCUUCUCUUCUUGGAGUGAUCAUGAUGUUGAUUUGUCAAAAUGUUGCUAAGGCGGACGAAGUACCAGCCUUUUUCCUCAAGAUAGCCAAAAUUCCGACACUGCCUAGAGUCGGACGUAGCGGAAGAUUUGAAGAUUUCUUUUAUAAAGCCGAAAAGCAUAUACCUCGGAUUGGUAGAAACAUUCAAGACCAGCAAGACAUUCACUACGGUUUAAGUAAAAGACGCAUAGAUUAUCCAUUGAAAGCGGAUGAAUGGUCCUGGCAAAACUUUCCAUUGGCAAUCGAAGGCCCGAAAGAAUUGUGGCGAACAUUAGCCGGAUAUUCAAGGGAUGGCGAUGAUAUUGAGAACGAAGUAUGGCAGAGGAAGAAAAGAACUGGAACUGGAGCAAUCACCAUGCAAGCAAAAUAGCAUAGAUAUAGCAAUUCUUCAUCGCUUUGGAAACGCUAAAUGAAAAUACUAUCGUUAUAUAGCCUUUGCUAGGCUAUGUGGUGACGGGAAAUAAUCAAGAAUAAUAAAUACUUAAAUAUAAACUAUAGUUUCGCUUUUAUUUCUCUUUUUUUUACGCCAAAUUUAGAGAAAAUUCAUC